UGGGCUUUGCACCCGGCGGUGGCUGAGAACCGUGGCGGCUGCGGAGCAGGCAGCGCAGGCGGGCGGAGCAGAGCUGCCCGGCCCGGUUGCGGGCGAUGCCCCCGUGAGCCUCUCCCGCCGCCCCUCCCCGCCCCGCGCCCCUGCCCCUCGGAGGCCGCAGCGCGCCUGGGACCGGGCCGCGCCUUCUGCCGGGUCCGCGGGGCGGGGUCCCGGAGCACCUGCCCCGCCUUGCGGAGUCGCCUCGGCCAGCGGAGACCCCUCCCUGUCUGGACCCCGGCCCCACCUCCGGACUCUUAUUACAUCACCUCCUCCUGGAAGCUACCCUGAUUGUCUUCACCUCCUUUCUUGAAAACUGGUGUCUCAGAAGUUAACAGAAGGCUUGUGUAAAUGCCCUAGGUGUGUGCUGUUGGGAGGGGCACAGCCCCCUGUGAUGGGAACACCACAUUCAGAUUCAUCAGUUUGCAGGAGGACCCCUUCCACAGUCUGCCCAGGCUGGAGCCAGUUUUGUUCUGCCUGUUCUCAUUUUUGGCUGUGAAAACAACAGUCACGCUUACUGAAUAUUUACUCCGUGCCUGAUACCGUUCCAGGCACUUUCACCUGCGCUAAUUUAAUCCUUACAACAGUCCUACGAGGGUUGCCUGAGGCCCUGCCGCCCCGUGGAUCAUGUUUAACGGGGAGCCAGGUCCGGCCUCAGCUGCGGCCUCCAGGAACGUGGUGCGGAGCUCCAGCAUCAGCGGCGAAAUCUGCGGAUCCCAGCAGGCUGGGGACGGGACCGGGACCACCACCGCCAAGAAGCGGCGCAGCAGCCUCGGGGCCAAGAUGGUGGCCAUCGUGGGCCUGACCCAGUGGAGCAGGAGCACCCUCCAGCUCCCCCAGGCUGAGGGGGCCACCAAGAAACUGCGCAGCAACAUCCGGCGGAGCACGGAGACGGGUGUUGCCGUGGAGAUGCGGAGUCGGGUCCCUCGCCAGGGCAGCCGGGAGUCCACGGACGGGAGCACCAACAGCAAUAGCUCCGAUGGCACGUUCAUCUUCCCCACCACCCGGCUUGGAGGUGAAAGCCAGUUCAGUGAUUUCCUGGAUGGCCUGGGACCAGCCCAGAUUGUCGGGCGACAGACGCUGGCAACGCCACCAAUGGGGGAUGUGCACAUUGCCAUCACGGACCGGAGCGGCCAGCUGGAGGUGGAAGUGAUUGAGGCUCGGGGCCUGACCCCCAAACCAGGCUCCAAAUCCCUCCCAGCCACCUAUAUCAAGGUUUACCUGCUUGAGAACGGGGCCUGCUUGGCCAAGAAGAAGACAAAGGUGGCCAAGAAGACCUGUGAUCCCCUGUACCAGCAGGCUCUGCUCUUUGACGAGGGGCCCCAGGGCAAGGUGCUGCAGGUGAUCGUCUGGGGAGACUAUGGCCGCAUGGACCACAAGUGCUUCAUGGGCAUGGCCCAGAUCAUGCUGGACGAGCUGGACCUGAGUGCCGCGGUCACCGGCUGGUACAAACUCUUCCCCACGUCCUCAGUGGCAGACUCUACGCUCGGCUCCCUCACCAGGCGCCUGUCCCAGUCCUCCCUGGAGAGUGCCACCAGCCCCUCAUGCUCCUAAGGACCUCAGGAAGAGGCCUGGAUGCAGUGUGGGAAGGGGUGCUGCCACCCCCCGUCUCCUCCCCUGUACAUAGUCUUCACGUCUUUCUGGACCCCUUGCCUUGCUGCAUGCCUGUUGGCUACUGGGCCUGUCCCAGCUGGCAGUGGAGACUCUAGUAUGUGUGCGUGUGUGUUUGUGUGUGUGUCUGUGUGUGACCAUGUUAGAUCUGUUCAUUUGUCUGGGUGUAUUUGGUCUUAGUGACUAUAUGGGCUGAAAUCCAUGUCUCUCUGUGUCUCGUUGUAAAGAAACCCAAAGGAGAGUUGCGUGAACAGGACUCCCCUUGAGUCCAGGGGUGGAAGUGGGAGACGCAGCCAUUGGUCCAUCCCACCUGGUCCUAGGCUCAGGGCAGAGCCUGCGUGUCCCCACCUGUGCCUGUUCUUGGUGGUCCCUGCUUAGUUUUCUGUCUUGUUCUUUGUUCCACCUCUGCCUCUCCCAGCGCCUCUGCUCUUUUUUGAGGAAUGUAGCGUCCACUGCAGCUGGCCACACCGAGGCCCCUCUGGGAACCCUGACACCCCUCCUCUUCACUGAGCACUCCGGCUGCUCUUCCCACCGAAUGCAUCCACAGCAUGUAGCAUCUCACCUAGCGCCCUGGCCAGGGCUCUGGGGGGCAGACGAUGCUGGGAAGCUGAGGGCUUAAAGACCGCUUUCUCCCUCGGGCUGGCGCCACCUUCUUCCUACAAGUGAGAUUCAAGGAGGUGUCAGUUCCCAGGGUUGCAGGCCAGGUACCGUGGAGGAAAGUGCUGGUACCUCCCUUAGAGUUGUUCACCUCCUGUUUCCCUCCAAGCCUCCUCACCUGCGACAUGCCAAAGGAGCUCUCCCAGUGGACCCCAGGUGGUGUGGAGUGGACGGUCUUGACAUGCAAGAGGUUGGCCUCAUAGGGAUGUUACCUGCCAAAGUGGGCAGCCCCUGGCGGCACCUGUGUCCAUCCCAGGCCCUGAGGGUGGCCCUGUGCCCCUCUGGGCUCGUCCUGGAGGGGCCUGGCUUGUUGAGGAUGUGCCCAGGGCAGGGCUGCUGGCAGGAAUGAGGAGGGCUGGGGCUGACUUGCUCUGAGAAUCCUGUCCAACCUUUGGGGAUUAGCUGCAUGAAGUUGAUUAUUGGGGGCUCGAUUUUAUUUUUUUGUUUUUUGUUUUUUUGCUCUUUUCCAGACCAGAGUCCAUGUCUGGGAGCUCAGAUUCACUGAGGCUUCAGCCUCCUGGCUCCACGGACAGCUUGGCUGUAGACUCUAGACCAUCACAGUCACCAGCUCUGUAUAAGCAAUACUCACCCCUCUCGGCCUCCCUGCCCCCUGCCCUCUGCCGCUGCCCUCUGGAGGGUAGCCUGGCCUGCUGUAGACACCGCGCCUGCCUCUGCUUUCUUUCCACCCUUGUCUGGUUGGAGCUUCCCAAAGCCACUCAAACCCUGACCUGAUUGGACAGCUGGGCCCUGGGGGUGGGCAUCAGGGCCUGGACUGGACCUUGUGAGAUGUCUGCUGGGAAUCCUGAAGUCUGGCUCAGGAGUGCCCAAAUCUGUCCCUCUCCUUCCUCAGGUCUAGCAUGAAAGGCAAGAGGUUGCCCAGGAGGUAGACACAGCAGCCCUUGGGUUCAUGUCUGGUGGGGUGGAAAGAGGCAGCAGGAGGGGUCAAGGUCUGGGACAGGCUCACGCUCUGCCUCUUCCCCAGAUAUCACCCCUGAGAGCUGCACUGACUCUAACCCGCAUAUGUGGGGAUCCGUGGAGAGGUGCUUGGACUCCAUCCAUAAGCGAAGCCAGGCGGGCCUGGAGGUGGAUUCCGAGGCAGGCAGGUGGAGACAGAGGCUGAGACAGAGCCAUCCCCACCGGGGGGUCCUUUCUGGCAGGACCCACGUUAGGCUGAAGCCAGGGCCUGGCCACCUCCCUCCCGUGAAAACCAGGGGGAGGAGCCAGGUCCCCACUGGUCCUGCCCACAGACAAAAAGUGGGUGAGGGCAGUAAGGACAAGAUAAGCUCCUGGGCUCCUGGCUCCUGCUGGAGACUCCAUUCCUGUAUUAUCAUGGCGGGAACCCUUGUGGGUGUGGAGAGAGAGACAGCUAGGCUGAGUUUUCUCUUGCUGCAGAGAUUCUCUCCUAGGGUCAGACUGGGUAACGCAUGCAUUUCUCGUGUUUCUAAAAUAAGGCAAAGGGCUCUGCGCUCUUAGAUCCCAGGGCGGGGAGUGGGGGUGGGAACUCGCUUGCACAAGCGUCUUUCUGUGUCCUGUGGGUGAUGCAGAGCAGCCACGCUCAGAAUGGCUGAAAAUCCUUGACGCCUUUGGGGUGCUGGGAUGAUUAGUGACCCAUAGGAUAGCAUAGACAUUUGCUGAUGUGGCACCGAGCUGUGAUAUGCAGACCACGCGGUUACCCCCAGGGAAUGGGGGUAUCAGCGAGGGGUGUCACCCUCAUUCCUCUAGAGGCCCAGGAAGACAGAAGGAGCUACCAGCAGAGGCUGCUGCUGGGGAGCUGAAGGCUGCUGGCCCCUUGCCUCUGCGGAA